CCCCACCAAUAAAAACAAUAUCGAUGUCAAAUACUAUAUAUUGUGAAAAAUGUUAACACUUAAACAUAAGUCAAUUUGUUUCAAGACAAUAGCAAUUAACUAAACUAAUUAAAAUGUUCAAGUUGUGCAUCGUAGCAGCCCUUCUUGCUCUCUCAGUAGCUUCACCAGCUCCUGAAGCCAAAGCUGAUCCCAAACCUCAAGUGUUAGCAGCCUAUGCAGCACCUGUAGCCUACACGUCCGCCUACUCCGCAGUACCCGUUGCUUAUUCAAGUUACGUGGCUCCUUCAGUUUACUCCAGCGCCUACUCUGUUUAUUCACCAUAUGCUUCUCCAUACGUAGUCUAUUAAAUAAUAAACUAGUGAAGCCAGAUGUAUUUAUUUAAAUUGUUUGUGUAAAUUGAUGUGAAUUCGUUGUGCCUAUAAAAUAAAUUUGAAGCAAGUCAA